GAUACACAGUACAGGACCAAUACAAGUAGAUACAACGUACUACUACUCGAUUCUACACAACAUGCAAGUACUUAUGGUAGUGUCUAAUUACACUGCUCUCUUCAUUACUUAACUAGGUAUCAUACAAAGAAAAUACCCAGCAGAUGCGACAUUCCGAUACCGUUCUGCACUCUGGAGACCGAGAAGCAGAUACGAGCGAUCCUUCAGAGAUUGGUCAAUAUCUUUUGCAGCUAUCUCUCGCACCCCACUGUGUGGCUUAUUCCACCCACCCACCCUCUCUCCCAUCCAGGCCAUCCCAGGCCAUAUCCCAUAUCCCAUGUCCCAGGCCAACCCUGGUGGGUGCUUCAUGCUUUCCCUACCAGUACCAGAACGCAAUGUCCGCCCGCGUUUAUAGAAUCCCCCCCAGGUCCCCCUUGUGCCUACAUAGUCCAAGUCACUACACCUGUAGCUUGUCGCCUGUCGCCUGUCGCCCAUAUCGGGGGAGGAGAUACCUUAUACCUUGGUGCCCAGCCCAGCUUCAAAAACCAAUGUUCCAGCCCCGUCUCUAUAAACAUCCCCUUCGUGCCACGCUCCGUUCCAAUUCCUCUUUCUGCUGCUGCCCGUCUCGAGUCCUCGUCUCGUACCGUAAUCCUCCCUCUUCCCACCUCCCCGCCAGUUGCGAAGAGGCGAACCCUAGGCCCGCGCCGCCAAGGUCUCCACAACUCUAAGAUACCCGUAGAUCCCUGGAGAUAGAAGACUUCGCUUUUCUUCCCAACCUCUACGUCCGUUCCUUGCGCUCACUCUUCUCUUCGUCUUCUUCUUCUUCUUAUUCCUCUUACUCCGGCUCCGGCCCAUUGCUUCGGCUUCCUUCAGUCUCGAUC